CAGCUGUUAGACCGGAGAUGGAGGUGAGGGUGGAGGACUGUCUGCUCCGCGGGGACGCGUCUGAUCUGGCUUAUGUCCUCCGUCAUGAAGGACUGUCCAGCAUCACGCUCACCAGACUCGACCAGCUGGUUACAAAGGAGCUGAGUGGACCUGACGGCCUCGGCAGACUGCUGGUUGUGUUGAAGUCUUUAGAGAUUCUGUCAGAACGCAGAGACGACCUGCAGACGCUCGUUGGACUCGGGCUUACUGCUAAAGUGCUGUUGUGGUUUGAAGCUGUCCAUGACCUGAUGACCUCUGACCUCCAGGAGAUCUCCACCCCCGUAGUCAGGCUCACUGAGGCGUUCUACGACUACUUCCUGCUGCUGGGUCAAGCUUCUCUCCCAGUCAGUCAGCUGUCUGUGGUUCUUCUUUAUUUGGCUCGGUUUGCACUGGAACCAGAAAUCUACUUUCCACUCAGACUGGAGGCGAUCAGAACCUUUAACAUCAUCCUGGAUUCUCUGAGCAGUGACCAGAGAAGACUGAUCCAGAAGAACCAGAACCAGAUCCAAAUAUUAUCCCAGAUGGCAGCAGCAGUUCUGACAGCUGGAGGAGACUACCGUCUGCAGGCCAGCCUAUCAGAGGCUCUGUGUCGUCUGACCACCAGGAAGGACAGACAGCACAGAGCCAAUCAGUGGUUCUCCUGUCGUGACAUCAGUACUGCCUUCUGUGACAUCACACUGAGAGACUUCGAGGUGGACUGUCGUCAUUUUCUGAACAUUGUUAAUGGUUCCCAUGGCGACCAGAGGAGGGUCUACAGCUUCUCCUGUCUGCGAGCCUUCCUAGACUCCACUGAGCUGUUUCCUCCAAAAGACGACAAACUGGAGAAGUUCUGGAUCGAUUUCAACCUGAGCUCACAAUGUGUGCACUUCUUCAUCGAUAAUCCCCAGGGUUUCCUGUGGGGGUCGGUCCACCUGCAGAGGGAGGACGUGGAUCAUUACAACAUCCAGCUGAAACCUGAUGGAUACACUGGGGCAGAGACAGUCCUCAGUGUCCACCUGAACAAACCCAUCAUGCACCACUACAGCAGAGGUCAGACAGUGAAGCUGACCUUUGACCCUGAACACCAUCGAGAGCUGGAGGAGGCUGCAGGGAGGGUGUUAAUGACAGUGAGGAGUCCCCCCUGGAUGGAUCACACAGGUGGUACAGUCCAGGUGUCCCCCUCUGCUGGCAGACUCAAUAGUAGAUCCUACAGCCGGAAGAAACCACAUAGAAGGAGUCAGCUGAAGAUUCUUCCUCUGUCGUCUCCAAGCAGUGAUGAAGACUCCUCAGUGAUGAAGGCUCAGCAGAGAAACUCAGAGUUUCUGUUCGAUCACAUCAGAACCUCGACUCCAUCAUACGAGUCAGGUGCUCCUGUGGGGGCGGAGCUAAACACGCCACAGGAACAGACUGGAAGAGGCCACACUUCUUUAUUAAAGGAAGUCGUUGGUCCCAACAGGAAACGAGCUGCUCCGGACUCAGGCUACCUGUCAGACCAAACUGAGGGUGUGUCUGCCCAGACGAUGGGGGCGGGGCUUGAGUCAGAGGGGGAGGAGUCUAAUCCAACAGCAGAGGGCUCACCUGAGGGGGCGGAGCCACCAGAGCAGGAGGUCGGUGCAGAGUCAGGUGUCAGAGGGAAGGAACCAGAGUCGGGCCUGACAUCUGGAAUCACAGCUGCAUUCAACGUCUUCAAAACACAACUGGAACAGCACUUCACCGGCUGCUGGAGGAACACCUCCUCCCUGUUGACAGCUGUCCAUCAGCAAAGGUUGGUGCUGCUGCAGAGGUUUGAGAGCAGCGUCACUGAUCAGCUGACCCAACUGCAGGAAAACUCCAUCAACCUGAACUCCAUCAACACACAGAUCCUGAGUUUCUUCCAGUCUGAGAUGCAGCAACUCAGUUCCUUCUGUGAUGAACACCUGAAGAGGUUGAAAUCUUUGGACAGUGAAGUGUUGGUGAGAGAGCAUCCGUCCAUCCAAUGAAAGUGGAGAAGAUCGUCCAAUCAGGAAGAAGCUGAUCUACGUUCAAACGUUUGAUCACAUGAAGAACAAUGAAACUGUCUUCAUUCAAAUUUCUCUGAUUUUUGUUCCUGCCUGAGUUUAACAAUCAGUUUCUUCUCUGAAGCCAGAAAAACAAAUAAAGAAUGAAAGAAACAGG